UAAAAAUGUUGUCAGAGCUAUAUUGAUAACUACCUUUCCAAAUUGCUUUAAUUUGUCCACGAAUAUCAUGGUAAUAAGAGUUGUGCUUUGGUUACACCUACAAGUAUUAUGCUAUUACUCAAGACAUGUCUAAAACUGCCUUCGACAACACCAUAAUAUGGUGUUGAAAGGAUAUAUUUUUGCUCCAAAAAACUAUAAUCUUUUAAAUUUGCUGCAGGCUCACCCAAUAGAGGAUUUUUGGCCUUUACUGUUUAGGAAGGUUUAAUAACAUGAAGGCUAGGAAGCCCAAAAUAAAGAACAAUAAUUAAGAUGGCGAAUGUUCAAAAAAUGAGAGAAAUUGAUCUGAAUUCAUGCAAUAUUUUAAAAUAAACAUACUCCGUUUUUAAACUAGGAGGAUUAAUUCAAAUUUACCGCGCCGUAAUGCUUGUUUGUAAUUGGUCUAACGUAUGGCUUUACUUGACUGCUACGAAAUUUUGACACCGUAUUUCAUAGGUUAAGUUAUAUUGGCGAUUUUUUGUAUUGUCUGAGUUGUUUCUUGCAGUUUUAGAUUUUUAGUCUGCUUUUAUACAAAAACAGUUAUUUUUAGAACUCUUUAGCGACGUAUUAGUAUAAUAUUUAUGGAUUACCGUCGAAGGCUGAUAUGAUCAACCAAAAAAGAUGUAUUUGGUGACAUUAUUGGGUGUGAAUCUGUCGUUUGAGUUUACUCCUACUGGUUUAAAAACAGUACAUAUAACAAAAAUAAUUUCUAAAACUAACUGAAGUGACUACUCUUACGUGACUCAUUAUGAAUUAAAAAAGAAGAACUAGUCACGUCACUUAUUUGUCACUGUCAGUCUGUCACUUUUUGACAGUGACAACAGCCAACAACAUCACUAUUUUAUUAAACUGACAUGUGUUUAAUUUAUCAAUAAAAAGUAUUUACAAAAAGGAAAAUGACUUACUUAAAAUCAUGGGAAGAGUUCGAAAAGGCUGCCGAAAAAUUAUAUCUCCAAUCACCAUCAAAAGUUAGAUAUACAAUGAAAUAUGCCCAUUCAAAAAACCAUCUAAUACUUAAAAUGACUGAUGAUGUAGUUUGCCUGCAGUUCAAGACGGAAAUCGCUCAAGAUGUCAGAAAAGUAGAUAAGUUUGUAAAUAACUUGCUAAGGCAUAUGGUAUCCAAGGAACAUUAGUCUAAAGCUUAUGAUUAGGAAAAAAUUAAAUUAAAUGGUUCAUACAAAAUGUAUAUAUUCACUGUCUGUGAAAUCGCAUAAAAAUUUAUUAUUUUCUGGGUUGUUUUAGGUUUUUACAAGAAUCACUAAAAUUUUAUUUUUGGUUAUCAAAAAUGUUCAAAACGAAGUGUUCUACUUUGCCCUUCACUUUGUGUAGUUAUGUGAUUUCAAUUUAAACAGUUCAUAUAUUGUGACAAUGUGUUAAUAUUAAGAUUGUUCCCAUGUAUAACACAUGAUUUUUAUAAUAAAUAUUUUUCAACUUGUUAA